AAUGAUCAGUCUUUGGGACGCGUACUUGGCGUGCAGAUCGUGGCCGAGAACUUCGCAUCGAAAUUCCACUUUCAGUGGUUGAAUUAAAAAAUAAGGAGCACACGGUCCACUUAUUGGUUGGAAAACAAACUAAAUUGAACAGCAACAGGUGCUAGGGUCUCAGUCGUUUUACGGCCUUUGGCGCGCGUACACAUAAGAUUCCUUCGAACAAUCUGUGAGAAUGCUGCGAGCUAAUCUAAUCGGGCUAUUGUGCCUCUGUCUGUCUCUGGGGCCGGCUGAGUCACGCACGCGGCCCAAAGAUCUGACCAUUACGAAAUUCGUAUCAAUCAGCAGUAUCGGCUCAUCCCACGUGGAGUCUCUAUUGGGCAACAGUCGGCCCAGUCCCGACACGUAUAAGACGGUGCGCAAUGCGUUCUUUAACUACGAGGAAUCUAGAGCGCUGGGCUACGACCUGGAGCUGAGCUCGCGUGAACUGAAGGCCAACGAAACGAUCAUGAAGGCCAAGCUAACUGAGUACAAAGAGGGCGAGAUAGCACCGUACCUCUUCAAGCCAUCACAGCAUAUCUUCAACGUGCUCGCGGCCAUCAAUAAGACAGAGCUCUUUCAGCUACUGCAGCGCAUGCCCAAGGGAGCCGUGCUGCAUGCCCAUGACACGGCUUUGUGCAGCACCAAGUCCAUCAUUGAGCUGACCUACUACGAUAAUCUGUGGAUUUGCCAGCAGGCUGGUGACCUGAGUGCUGCAGCCUUGCGUUUCGCCAAGGAGAAGCCUGACGCUCUGACAGAAUCCAAUUGUGACUGGAGCCUGCUCUCGGAGGUGCGCGAAAACUAUGGCGCAGAUAAGGUGGAUGACUAUUUGGCUGAGCGCCUUACACUGUAUCCGACUACAGACUUUCAGGAUAUCAAUGCAGCUUGGUCUAGAUUCAUGCAAAUCUUCCAGCUGCUCGAUGGUCUGCUCAUGUAUGCUCCAGUCUGGGGUGAUUACUACUACAAGGCGCUGCAGGAGUUCUACGCCGAUGGCGUUCAAUAUCUCGAAUUUCGUUCAACGUUGCCCACACUCUACGAUUUGGAAGGCACUGAGUUUACCCCACUCGACACAGUGCGCAUCUAUGUUGAGACACUGGAAAAGUUUAAGAAUAAUCCGGCCAACAAGGAGUUCAUAGGCUCACGCAUGAUCUAUGCGCCUCUGCGCAACACUAAUGCUGAGGGCGUGGCACGUUACAUUGAGACCCUCAAGCAGGUUAAGGCAAAAUACCCUGAGUUCUUGGCUGGCUUCGAUCUGGUGGGUCAGGAGGAUGCGGGACGUCCGCUUCGAGAUUUUGUUGACCAGCUGCUGGAAGUGCCUGAGGAUAUUGACUUCUAUUUCCAUGCGGGCGAGACGAAUUGGUAUGGCUCGACGGUCGAUGAGAAUCUGAUUGAUGCACUGCUGCUGGGCACCAAGCGCAUUGGUCAUGGCUUCGGUCUAGUCAAACAUCCUGUGGUCCUGGACAUGGUUAAGAAAUUGAAUGUAGCCAUCGAAGUGAAUCCUGUGUCGAACCAGGUGCUGAAGCUGGUCAGCGAUUUCCGCAACCAUCCCUGCUCUCAAUUCUUUGCCGAUGGCUAUCCGGUUGUCAUCUCAUCCGAUGAUCCCAGCUUCUGGAAGGCCACGCCACUCUCACACGACUACUACAUCGCCUUCCUGGGCAUUGCCUCACAGCAUGCAGAUCUGCGACUGCUUAAGAAGCUGGCGCUCAACUCCAUUCAAUACAGUUCGCUCUCUGCUGAUCAGAAGUUCGAAGCGCUUGCCAAAUGGCAGGCCAAGUGGGAUCAGUUCAUCGACUUUGUCAACGACGAGACGAAUGGUGCGCCCACCCAACAGCUCGAUUGACUAGCACGGGUGGUGACAGCGCUUCUGGUUACGUUCUCCCUUCUGAACAACAGUUUUUGGCGCUAGUCUGGUUAAUAUAUCAACGAAUUCUGGCCGACCUAUCCUGCAUGACGAGAAUAGACGAUAUCCCGUUUAGACUCAGCUCUGCAGCACAGUGUAUGGACGCUCUUACGCUGCUCUCCCACUCGCACACUCGAUCAUCCUAACUCAUAUUCCCAUUCACGCUGUUUUACUUUAAGCUAAUUAAUAUUGAUUAGUGUUUAGGCAUAGUGUUAAGUUCCACUGAGCACUCGACUUCCAAGGUUACUCACGCUAAGUACACUAAGAGUUUUGCACUUUCAUUUGCUCUGUCAUAAGCAUUUGUACUAAAACAUUUUGAAUAAAGAGCUCGGCUUGCCAGGUCGAGCUGCCGCAAAUCCUGUGCAUGUUCUGCGCUUG